CCUCGCAGGAAGGUGGGCGGCUUCUGAAAUCGUUUGCCAACUACUCGGUCUUAGAGAGCUGUAAGCAUGAAUCUUUGAAUCCAUUUCCUUGGUGCAUAUGAAUUCUACCUCCGACACGUGAAGGGAUCGGUAAGGCUUGAAGUCAAGCGUUUUGGCAAACGAUCAGGGGCAUCAAUGAAGGAGUUAUGAGUUCCGAAAAGCGGAUUUCGGUAAAGCGUAGGCAGAUAUUUUAGUGUAUAACGCGUGUUAAAAAUGUUUCCCACUAACCUACAAUUAGUGUUAAAUUAAAACUUUUUACUUGGUUUUACAAUGAAUUAAUGUCAAGCAUAAAUAAUCACCAAGGAAGUUAAAACUGGUACCAAAUGGACCGCAAAGUCGUAUCCUUUCAUCACAAGUCCCUAACCAGUAAGAUAUUAGAUGGAAGAGUCGACAGCAGCAACGAAAACUCGCCGGAAAUGCCAAAAAGAUCUCGGACUCUAAAUGACAGAAGAAUAUCACAUCAAUCUCGGUCAUCUCUCCGAAGAGCCUCCAUUAUAAAUAAUCGAAAAGGCAGUGCAUCAAUAAGAAAACUUUCUACUUAUAGCGUAGCUUCCAGAGGUAACUGGGGUUCCAAGUGGGAAUUUCUUUUAUCCUGCGUGGGAUUUUCAGUGGGUAUUGGCAAUGUUUGGCGAUUUCCGUAUUUAGCCUAUGAACAUGGUGGUGGUGCUUUUCUCAUCCCAUAUCUGCUCAUGUUACUUCUGGCUGGAAAGCCUCUUUAUUUUAUGGAACUUGCAUUCGGCCAAUUUGCAGGACUGGGACCUCUAGCCAUAUGGAAUUGCUUACCUAUAGCAAAAGGUAUUGGUUACGCAAUGGUCACAAUUUCCAUAAUCAUCUGUUCAUAUUACAAUGUCAUCGUGUCAUAUACAGUAUUUUACAUGGCAUCCACAUUUCAGGCAACGGUGCCAUGGGCUUCGUGUCCUGUUUAUCCAGACAAUGUCACUCACUGUUUGACAAGGAAUGAGUUGAGUAAUAUUACUCACGUUGGAUCGAAGCUGUCGAGUGAAGUCUAUUGGGAAAAUUAUGUUUUGGCUCUAUCACCAGGAAUAGAUGAGCCAGGUGGGAUAAAAUGGGAUCUGUGUCUUUGCCUCCUAUUAAGUUGGAUCGUGGUUAUUGCUUGUCUACUUAAAGGAAUUAAAACAUCUGGAAAAGUGGUAUAUUUUGCUGCUACAUUUCCUUACUGUAUACUUUUUAUUCUCCUUGUAACUGGUCUCUUACAAGAAGGUUCUCUGAAAGGGAUACAGUAUUUUUUCAUGCCUGACUGGCACAAACUUUUAGAUAUCAGGGUAUGGCAAGCGGCUGCCGGCCAGAUGUUCUUUUCCUUGGGAGUAUCGAUGGGGGCCUUAAUUAUGUACAGCAGUUACAAUGAUUUUAGAAAUGAUAUAUUCCGGGAUGCAAUGGUUGUAAGCGUCAUGGAUACAAUCACCAGUAUCAUAUCUGGAAUGGUUAUCUUCUCUGUUCUCGGGGCCAUGGCACAUGACUUAGGACCAGAUACAAGCAUAGAAGAUGUAGUUGAUAGUGGACCUGGUUUAGCAUUCAUGACCUAUCCGGAGGCUUUGAGUAGAUUACCUAUUCCACAGUUGUGGUCUAUUCUUUUCUUCUUCAUGCUCUUCAUCUUGGGAUUAGAUAGCGAAUUUGCAUUGAUGGAAAACUUUUUGACGAGCUUCUGUGAUGAAUUCCCCCGGCUACGAAAUCAUAAGGCAAAGUUUUGUAUUCUAUUGGGCAUCUUCUGCUUCUUGUUAGGACUACCAUGCGUCACAAAAGGUGGCCAGUAUGUACUAGAAAUGAUGGACAAAUACGGAGGUGGUACAGCCGUAGUUUGUGUUGCUGUAGUUGAGAGCAUCGCAAUUCCAUGGAUUUAUGGCGUUGAUCGAUUUUGCGAGGACAUACAUUUCAUGCUUGGAAGAAAACCCAGCUGGUAUUGGAGAUGGACGUGGAAAAUUACUGCUCCAGUCAUUUUGACAUUUGUCUUUGUCUAUUCAUUGGUUGAGCAUGAGACGCUGAAAUAUGGCGAUUACGACUUUCCAGACUGGGCUGAUGGAGUGGGUUGGCUCUUGGCUGCAAUUUCCAUGCUUCAAAUACCCUUUUGGGCUGCAGUUGCAAUUUGGAAUCAAAAUGGAAGUACUUUUAAAGAGAAAUUUCUACGGGCAUGUCGUCCAACAGAUGAAUGGGGUCCGAGUGACGAUAUGAUUAAAGCAUACUACAAGAUGCACAUGGAACAAAUUACUCCUGACCAAGCAGCAAAAUUGACAGACGAUGCUUCUUGCAAAGGUUUGGCUCAAAGCAAUAACGAAACGGACCUUAUGGAAUAUCUGUGAAAUCAUUCUAUAUGUUAUAAAACUAUCUGUUAUGAACUCUUAUUGCUGUUGAAAAAUGUAGAGUUAAUAUUGCAUACAGAUCAUUAAUUCUAGAAAGUUUUCCGUAAUAAUCACCCUUAAUAUAUCAGGAGAUUUAGUUGAGCGAUUAUAAGUUUGGAGAAGAGGUAGGGUACAUUAAAAAAUAGAGAAUUACAGAGCAAACAUGUCAAUGUACGUCAUUAUCAUCGCUUCCCUAUUAUGUGUAUUGGCUGUUCGUUGCGCAUAUGAACCGCCAUUUUUAUUUGUCUAAAUUAUCUUAAUUUUACAUUUUCUAAUAAUUAAUGUCAAAAUUUUCCCCAGAUUCAACAUAAUUUAUCAAUUUGACAUCAACUUCCCCAACUUACCUGCUUAAUCACCUAAUUAGUGACAAUCACAGUAAAACUACAAAAUCUGAGCCUAUUUGACUGCUAUUUUCAUCAGUAAUUAUAGGAGAACACCAAAUCGAACACCAAUUUUUAUUUACAGUUUAUGUAAACAAAAAUGCAUUUUUAAAUGUGCACAAAAAGCUUGUCUAAAAUAAUGAAGCUCCCCUAGUGGUGUACGAUGACGUUUCUGACCAUGCGUUGUGAUGCAAUUCUCAAUCCUUGUGCCCUACUUCCCUUCCAAAUCUGCAACCGUUGAACUGAUUAACCUUGCAUACAUGUAAAAUCCUUGUCAAAAAUCUAUAUUCAUUAUGGAUUGCAAAUCAAUAUUUAAACAAGAGAAAAAUUAAAACUCUAUGGAGUAACCGGUAAGGAAUGAGAAGGGAAAAGUGUCAAAACCAGUUUGAUUGCCUUGAUUGGAAGAUGUUUCUGACAAUCAUCCUUCAAUUCCUCUCUGUUUCCUUCGGCAACCAAUUAUGUUUUUAUUGUUUAAGUUUUUUCUUCCUCAGUAUUGAUUCGUGAGAUACCGAUAGCCUUAUUUGUGACAAUGUGUGUGCUUUUUUUUAACUUCAUUGUUGAAUGAUUCUAAAAAUUAUAUAUUGAGAGUGAUCAUUACGGAACACCUUGUAUAUUUGCUACAUCAUUGCAUACGCAUAAAAAGGCAAUCAUUUUAUAGUAUUUGUAAAGAGGAAGUUUUCAUGUUAUAUUAAGCUGGCUCAUAUAAUGCAAGAUAUAUUUUGUGCAAUUUGUAUUUAUUGUAAAAGAAUAUAUUCGUUAGUGUCAUUAUUUUGUAGCAAUAAAGCGUUGUGUUACUCAGUUU